AAAAUACUUAAUAAUAUUGAUAAUGUUAACUAUUGAAACUAAUAAAUAGUUUAAACCUUUAGUGAGCUAAUGAAGCAUUUACAGAUAUAAACAAUUUUUAUUUUGUUAAAGAAAUUAUGUUUCAUUAUAUUUCAAAGUUGUACGCUGAGUUUGUUGGCAAGACAUAAAACAAUUUAAGUGAUAAAAGGUUUUUUAAUAAAUAAAUGGCUGAUGAAGAACGUACUGCUUUAAUAAAUGGAAUUGAUGAUAACGACAAUGAUGAUGAUAAAGUUAACAUUCAAGAUUCAAUUGAUUAUCAGGUGACCUGUAAAGAAUUGGUAGAUCUUAUGAAUAAAAAUGAUAUAUUUGAUGCAAUUAGAGAAAGAUUUAAUGACAAUUUUGGUCUAGUAAAAGCUUUAAAAAGUUCUACUACUUAUGGAAUUAUAAGUAACUCUGAAGAGUUAAAUACACGUAAAAAAAUAUUUGGAAAAAAUAUAAUUGAACAAAAACCGCCUAAGUCUAUAUAUAAACAUAUAUGGGAAGCGCUAAGUGACAAAGUUUUACAGAUUUUGAUUUUUUGUGCUUUAAUUUCCCUUAUAAUAAGUUUUGCGAUAAAAGAUUUAAGGGAAGAAUGUAUUGAAGGAUUUGCGAUUUUAUUUGCUGUUGCUAUAGUUACAAUUGUAACUGCAUUAAAUAAUUGGCAGAAAGAAAAACAGUUUAUGCAGCUACAUAAAAAGAUAAACAAUGAACAUGUUGUUAGUGUUGUUCGAGAUGGCAAUGUUGUAAAGCUUUCACUUUCAGAAUUAUUAGUAGGAGAUGUAUGUUUAGUAAAUAAUGGAGAUAUAGUUCCUGCUGAUGGUAUUUUGUUGGAAGGAAAUGAUCUAAAAGUUGAUGAAAGUUCUUUAACAGGUGAGUCACAAUUGGUUUCUAAAAGUAUAAAAAAUCCAGCAUUGUUAUCUGGUACACGCCUUAUGGAAGGUACUGGAAAAUAUAUUAUUACUGCAGUUGGUGUGAACUCUAAAUCGGGUAGCAUCAUGCUUCUGCUAGGAGCUACCAAAGAACAGGAAUCUAGUGAAAAACAAUUGAGUAAAAAAGAUUAUAAUAAACAGAAAAAAGAAAAUAGAGAAAAAGAUAAGUCUAUUUUACAAAAUAAGUUAGCAAAAUUGACUAUUAUGGUAGGCUGGGUUGGAAUUUGUGCUGCUAUAGUUACUGUCUGUGUUCUUAUAUUGCAUUUUUGUAUCGAAACCUAUUAUGAGAAAAAAGAACACUGGAGUAACAAUCAUUUAAUGAGUUACUUACAUUUUAUUAUUCUUGGUGUAACCAUAAUGAUAGUGGCAAUACCUGAAGGUUUGCCACUUGCUGUUACUAUUUCUUUAGCAUAUUCAGUCAAAAAAAUGUUGGUUGAUAAUAAUUUAGUGCGUCAUUUGAAUGCAUGUGAAACAAUGGGAAGAGCUACAACAAUUUGUUCUGAUAAAACAGGUACACUAACAACAAACCGAAUGACUGUUGUAGAAUGUUAUAUCCAGAGUUUUUACUAUAAACAAAUACCAAAACACGAAAUAUUGAAUGAAGAAUUUCUGGAUCUCUUUUGUCAGUGUGUUUCAAUAAACAGUAAUUAUGAAUCAAGGAUUAAGCCACCUAAUACUUCAUCUUCUGCCUCUUCUGUGGCACUAUCUUUUGCUGACGAUGGUUUUCAUGAGCAAAUUGGAAACAAAACAGAAUGUGCCUUACUUGGUUUUGUUUUGAAGCUUGGUAAAACAUAUGAACAAUAUCGUAACCAAAUUCCUGAGAAUAAUUUUGUCCAUGUAUACACUUUUAAUUCGAAUCGCAAAUCAAUGUCAACAGUAAUAGAAAAACCAGGAGGUGGUUUGCGAAUGUUCUCAAAAGGAGCAGCUGAAAUACUCUUAGCAAAAUGUACACAAAUAAUUAAUAAAGAUGGAAAUAUAGAAGCUCUAUGCAAAGCUGAUAUUGAUAAGUUAAACCGAUCAGUUAUUGAACCCAUGGCCUCAAAUGGAUUGAGAAUAAUUUGCAUUGCAUAUCGGGAUUUUACCAUUGGUGUUAAUCCAGAUUGGAAAAAUGAAGAAAGUGUUUUAUCUGACUUGAUAUGUAUGGCAAUUGUUGGAAUUGAGGACCCUAUUAGAAAAGAGGUUCCAUCAGCUAUCAAAAAAUGUCAAAAGGCAGGAAUAACUGUUCGAAUGAUAACAGGAGAUAACAUAAGUACAGCUCAAUCAAUAGCACUAAAAUGUGGUAUUCUUGAACCAAACAGCACUUUUUUGGUCAUCGAAGGAAGAGAAUUUAAUUCAAAAAUUCGUGAUGAAAAGGGACAGAUUCAACAAAAAUUGAUUGAUGAUUUAUGGCCAAGAAUUCGGGUAAUGGCAAGGUCAUCGCCAGAAGAUAAGUACAACUUAGUAAAAGGAAUGAUUGAUAGUAAGUUAAACAACUUUGGCGAGGUUGUUGCUGUUACUGGGGAUGGUACUAAUGAUGCUCCAGCUCUUAAAAUAGCUGAUGUAGGAUUUGCAAUGGGAAUUCAAGGUACAGAAGUUGCAAAGGAAGCUUCUGACAUUAUACUUACAGAUGAUAAUUUCCAAAGUAUUGUCAAGGCAGUAAUGUGGGGAAGAAAUGUAUAUGAUAGCAUUUCCAAGUUCAUUCAGUUUCAGUUGACUGUAAAUCUUACUGCUAUAUUUGUUUCUAUUAUUGGAUCUACAAUGCUCUCUGUAAGUCCGCUCAGUGCAAUACAACUACUUUGGGUAAAUUUGAUUAUGGACUCUUUUGCCUCAUUGGCUCUUGCAACUGAAGAUCCAACAGAUGCUCUUUUGGAAAGAAAACCUUAUGGUCGUACUAAACCUUUAAUUUCUCGCUCCAUGUUUCGAUUUAUACUUGGUCAUGGUUUAUACCAGCUUAUUGUCAUGUUGGUGUUAAUAUUUUAUGGUCAUGUGUUGUUCGAAAUUCCAAAUGGUUUCAAAAUUAAGUACCCAUCACAACAUUUGACUAUUUUGUUUAAUGUUUUUGUUAUGAUGCAAAUAUUCAAUGAAAUCAAUGCCAGGAUGGUUCAUGGUGAACGCAAUGUUUUCAAAAACAUAUUAUCUAGCAAGCUGUUUAUUUUCAUUGUUGUCGGUACUUUCAUUGCUCAAAUCUUCCUUGUUCAAUUUGGUGGUCAGGCAUUUUCAGCUUCACCGUUGAGUUUGAAUCAAUGGGUGUGUUGUAUAUUUAUUGGUGUUUGUGAGUUGCUGUGGGGGCAGAUAAUUGUGACAAUACCAACUGCGAUCAAAUUCAAAGAGAGAAAGAAAAUAAUUUUUCAUAAGUAAUACAAUGCUUUUUUUUUAACUUUUUUAAUAAAAAAUCAUUGAACGUGUACUUGUACUCGUAUAUUUUUAUACGCAUUUGGUAUCUACACGUGCAUAUUAUUUAAAUCCGUAAAUUUUUAAAAAGCACAUAUUUUAUUCACACAUAUUUUUAUGCAUAUAAUAUUUUUACUCACAUAUCAAUAGAAAUAUACGCAUUGUUAACAUUUGGAUUUGCAUUUUAUUUAUACAGAAGUAUGAUUAUUUAUACUGACAUGAUUUUGUAUAUAAGAUUAUUUAUUUCAGUUUAAUGUAAUUUUUAUGGAGGAUAUAUUUUAGAAAAUCAAUUAGAGUUUUGUGAAAGAAUAUUUUUGUUAGAAAAACGUUUAGGGUUUUUUUAAGAAAAAAAAAAACGGUUACGGUUUUAGUAAGAGCUUGGGAUGAGGUGUUUUUUAAGAUUGCAACUUUUGAAUUCAUUAACUAGGCGAGUUUUUAUUUGUUUUUUAUGCUGAAAUUUUGAUAGGUUUUAAGUGUUUUUUGUUCUAUUUGUUGUAUUCGGAUUGGUAUUCUGUACUUUAUUGCAAUGUUUACUUGUAUUUUACUUUAUGUUGUUAACAGUUGAUGUUAACAGUUUAUUAUUAUUAUU